AUGCCUUCUGCCUCAGAAGCCGAGCCAUCAUCGCUCGACACUGGUUAUGUCCGGACUCCUGUACCAAAAACAUUCCCUCGCUUCAGUUCCCUACCUAAGGAGCUGCAAAUCAUGAUCUUCGAGCAUUCUGCAGCCGAACCUCAAUCAAUCUGUUUACAAAGUGGCAUCUCUUCAUCCGCGCUCCUUUCGACAUGUUACCUCUCCCGCACCAUUCUCCAAAAACGCUUUGUCACGCACCAAGGCAGUGCUUGGGAGAGAUUCAAAGUCAUCUUCAACCAAGACAUUGAUUACAUGGAUAUCACAGCACUAUUCCGCCCAGAGAUCUUGCACAAAUCCUGGAUCAUGGCGCCUGCAAUGAAUCAGACGCUUCUAUACCGCGGGCCAUGGACUACUGACCUCCAAUUGUUUGUAGAACGGAACUUGAGGAGUAUGGCUUGGUUCAAUACAAGGUGCUGCUCGGUUCUUGCACAUUUAAAUAGGACCGACCCAGGACGUCGCUUCAUGGGCAGUCUAAGAAAGUUGAGGAUGGAUGUCAAGGCGAUGGACCAUUUAGCCGAAGCUUUCCGCCACAGCUUUCACACCGAGAAAGAUGACUGGUGUGACCUUUGGGAGUGGAUCUUGGACAACUUCCAUGACGUCAAGGAGAUUGAAAUGAGGUUUGUAGAUCGGAAGACUGUUGCUGAUAUUCUUAGUGAGCGGGAGUUGGCAGCAAAGAGAGAGCCAAGGGUAGAGGAAGUCGGAGUUUGGAAGUGGAAUGGGGAGACAAUAUCUUAUGAGAGGAUCGACAGUGGGCGGCGCAAGGAAGUCUUUGACGUCUCCAGCGAUGAGGAGGAAUUUGUGGAUAUGAGUAUGUUAUCUGGAGAAACGGAUGAAGAACUGAAUGACGCAUGGAGUGGUUUCAGCUCUGGUGAACAGUUGACCACGAAAGCUUUACUGAGGGGCGCCAAGGAUGGGGAGGAGCUUAUUAGAGCUGUCGACCUUGAUGGUGAUGAUGUGAACGAUGAUGGGACGAUUUGGACGUUGCCCAUGCCGAGGAUCGUUGUCACCAGGGUCAUAGAAUGA